AUGCCGGAGCCGGCGCUGCGGGUGAACGCGGCCUUCGCGGAGCGAUACGGGCGGUACCGGCGGCGCGAGGAGCUGCAGCGGCUGCAGGACCGUUAUGGGGACACCGGGGACGGCUCCAGCUCCGAGUCCGACUCCAGCGGGGACGAUGUGGCCGUCGACCCCCGCCUGGAGCGGGAUUUCUACCGCACCCUGGCGCUGCUGAAGACCCGCGACCCCCGCAUCUACCGGCAGGACGCCACCUUCUACAGCCAGCGAGACUCCUCGUCGGGGAGCGAUGCCGAGGAGGAGGAGGAGGAGGAUGAAGAGCGCCCGGCGAAGCCGAUGUACCUGAAGGACUAUGAGAGGAAGGUGGUGCUGGAGAAGGAGGGCAAAUACGUGGACGAGGAAGAUGAGGAGGACGAGGAGGCGGCGGCCGAGCGGAGGAAGAGAGCGGCCUCCAGGAGCUACGCCGAGGAGCAGCGGGAGCUGAAGGAGAGCUUCCGAGCCUUCGUGGCCGACAGCGAGGAGGAGGAGGAGGAGGAAGGGGGGGGCUCUGCCCUGCUCCGGCGGCGCAGCCAGACGGCAGAGGAGAAGGAGCGCGAGGAGGAGGAUUACAUCCGCUGGCUGAAGGGGCAGGGGGGGGCCCCCCCGGAGCCGCUGCAGGACCUGGUGCCCCUCCAGCAGUACUGGACCGACCCGGCGCUGGAUCCCGGCGAGCGCUUCCUGCGGGAUUACAUCCUGAACCAGGGCUACCGCGAGGAGGAGGAGGAGGAGGAUGAUGAGGAGGAUGCCGAAGGGGCGUCCCCCCCCCGGCUGGCCGACUCCUCGGACGAGGGCGAGCUCUUCCUGGCCAAGCAGGAGGAUUUCGAACGUCGCUACAAUUUCCGCUUCGAGGAGCCCGACGCCGAGCAGGUGAAGACGUACCCCCGGAGCAUCCCCACCUCGGUGCGGCGACGGGACGAGCGGCGGAAGGAGAAGCGGGAGCAGAUUCGGGAGAGGAAGAGGAAGGAGAAGGCACGGAAGCGGGAGGAGCUGAAGCAGCUGAAGAACCUGAAGCGGGAGGAGAUGGCUGCCCGGCUGGCCCGGCUGCGGGAGGCCACCGGCAACGCCGCCGUCGGCUUCACCGAAACCUUCCUGGAGGAAGACUUUGACCCGGCCCGGCACGACCGGCUGAUGGCGGAAUGUUUCGGGGACGAUUAUUACGGCCGGGAGGAGGAGGAGAAGCCGCAGUUUGAGGAAGAGGAGGGGCUGGAUGAUGACUGGAACUGGGACGCCUGGACGGGCCGGGAGGAGGGGGACGAGCGGGAGCCCCACUGCGAGGACCCCGAUUUUGUGAUGGACGCCGACUACGACCCGGCGGCCCCCCCCGCCCCGAAACGGCGGCAGCCCCCGACACCGGGGAAGAAGCGGCACAAGACGCGGUUCAAGGAGGCGGUGGAGCGGGAAAAACCGGCGUUCGACCCUGCCACCGGCACCUUCGAGCAGUACCUGGAGGAGUUUUACCGCCUGGACUACGAGGACCUGGUGGGCGACCUGCCCUGUCGCUUCAAGUACCGCAACGUCCUCCCCUGCGACUUCGGCCUCACCACCGACGAGAUCCUGGCAGCCGAUGACAAGGAGCUGAACCGCUGGUGUUCCCUGCGCAAGACCUGCAUGUACCGGUCGGAGCAGGAGGAGCGGCAGGACCAGGCCAACUACAGCCGGCGGGCGCAGAACGCCUGGAAGAAGCAGCAGAUCUUCAAAUCCCUCGCGGCCGCGCCCGAGGAGCCCCAGCCAGCGCCGGCGGCCAAGCCCAAGCUGGGGAAGAAACGCCGGGACAAGCGGAAGCGGCCGGAGGAGCCGGGAGCCUCGGGGCCCCCCCCGACCGCAGCCCCCCCACACCCCGGGGGGCCCGGCGCCGGGGCUCCUUCGGCAGCGGCGCAAGAAGGUGGAGGGGAGGAGCCGGGGGGGGGCAAAGCCCCCCCGGGCCUGAUCCGGCGCUGA